UGCCUAACAACAAUUAUGGAACACGCCUACAUCACCAAAAGCAAGCGAUCUUUGUUAUGGUCGCCCUCUUCCCACGAAGGUAAGGAUCACCUUCUAUAGAGAGCAGGACCAUAUACAUGAUAUAAAGGAAACGCCCGAAUUCUUAAACCAGUUACGACGGGUAUUUGCAGCUAACCUUCUAAACUGAGUAGCACCAAGGGCACAGUUGAGAAACUACAUUUAAAGGAAAAUGGCAAAAUACCUGAUUUUGUUGUGUGUGGUCGCAGUUACGUCAGUUUUGGGAUCACCAGUCUCAGAUGAGGUGUCUCUUUUGACACGUGUUCUCGAGGAGCUGAUGGACUCCGAAAAUUUGAUAAGCAAGAAGUCUGAAGGCUGCAUGGACCAGAUAAUAGGGACGUAUACGGCAUGUUACAAAAAGAUUGGAAAGAUGGCAUCAGAGUCCUGUGAAAGUCGCGUGGACCAUGGAGUUCAGUUCCUAGCUUGCAUUGGCCAGGCCACUGUUGCCGAAAACUGCAAAAGCGAGAUGAGCCAACGAAUUGCCUUUGCCGUUUCCCACCUCAACAGCAAUCUGAAGAAUCAUAAUUGUUAACUAUAAUUUUGUAAUGAUCAACUUGGAGCGCUGAUAUUAUAAUACCAUAUGUAUAUCAUUAGCAUCUUUAUUACUUCUGUCUAUCUAGUAGCCCAUAUAAAUAAUAUAUAACCACCUAUCUUCUUCUUCUACUGAACCGCUAUCUGCGUCUAACACAUUUUCAUGUCAAAGCGAUUGCAAAGUCUGAUGACAAAGUGUUCUAUAUAUCUUAGAUAUAAUAAAACUUUUUAA